ACAAACGCAAAAUAGCAUUAUACACGUUAGAUUCAGGUAAAAAUGGAUUUCUUUAGAGAACUUAGAGAACUUCGGGGUAACCAGGGUAAGGAAGAAGAAGAGGGUGUGAUUUUAACGGAACCCAUUGUGAUGAUAGUGCUGCUGGAAUUGCAAGAUUUGUCAGAAAUUAUUACACCAGAAAGCAGCGCUAAUGCUAGUGCAUAUGGUGACUCUAUUGGUCACCAUUCUGCAGCUUCUAAAGACUCAUCUUCAGUGAGGACGCCCAAUGAGGCGGGAGACGAGGGAGAAGGUGUUAGCAGUCCUUACAUGGCGCCUAUGGAGGCAGGUGUGCCCAUGUUUGUAGAGUGGAAGGGUAAAACCGUUAGUAGAAGGCUGAGCAAUAUUCGAAAAGUGCCAAAAGAUUUGCUCGCUGGAUUCAGGUUUAGAGUGGCGCUUCAUCAUGAGGGAACACAUUCUUCACUUGCCGUUGGACUUCUUGAUGAGCAUAGGAUUAGACACCCACUGUGAAUAUUCCACCCUCCUGAUGAAACAUGCCUGUAAUACUUCUGUAUUUCUUCAUCUAUAGUAGCUUGCUUCUCAUGGCUAAAAAAGCAACACUUCUAAACCACUAGCUUUCUUGUGGGGUUUGUACUGAGUUUGUGGACUAUAAAAUCUGCUAGAAUUC